GCCGAGACCCCUGACAGAAGGGAGAAGGAACCCGCGAAGGAGAAAGACAAGAAGUCCGAGGCCGCCCACAAAGACUCGAGGCGAAGCAACGUCGAGAAGGACAAGGCCAACCGAAAGGCUUCCGAGAAGGCGCACCGGAAGCGCGACAGGAGCAGGAGCAGGAGCAGGAGCAGGCAGAGGAGGCCGAGCGCCAGAAGGAAGGCGGCCAACACCAGGGGGAGCGGCAGAGAGAAGGAGAGGAAGCGCGAGACUGACAGGAGACGUAGCAGAAGUCGCAACCGGCGCCCGAGCUCGAGGACGAGGCGGAGCGCCGGCCGCGACCGGAGGCGCAGCCGGGAGCGGCGGCGGAGCCGGAGCAGCCGCAGCCAGCCCCGCAGGGGCGCCUCUGGUCGCCGCGGCGGCCAGGCGAGCAGCCCGGCCAGGCCGCCGCGGGAACCCCCGCCGCCGGAGCCCAAGGAGCCCGCGGGCGGCAUGCGCGGGUGGGCGUCCGACGCGGAGCCGGAGGAGAAGCGGGCGGGCGAGCCGCGUGUCCCGGACGAGGACGCCGACGAGGCGGCGCGGCAGCGGAAGAAGGUGCAGGCCGAGGCCAAGCAGAAGAUGGAGGAGGAGUUCAACCGGAUCCGGGAGGAGGAGAAGGCGAGGAAGGCGGCGGAGGAGCUCCGGGUGCGGGAGGAGGAGGAGAAGGCGGCGCAGGCGCGCAGGGAGGCCGAGGAGCGCCAGGCCGCCGAGGAGGCCGCGCGGAGGGCGGCCGCCGAGGCCGUCGAGCGCCGCGUCGCCGAGGAGCGCAAGGCCACCGCCGAGGCGGAGGAUGCCGCGAGUCUGGGCGCCGCCGUCGCCGGCUUCUCGGUGCAGCUCUUCCUCCGCCUGGGUGCCGAUCUGACCAGCGAGAUUGCUCACGGUCUGGUCAAUAAUGUGUCCGAUUUUCCUUAG